AUUCUCGUCUAUCUUCCAGCAGCCGUACCUCACUCCGGUGGAGGCGGGACUUCCUACAGCACUUCCGGCCAGAGCCUAAAGCUUCGCUGCUGGGCAGUUCGCUGGAGGGGUUGCUGCUUGGAACACCUGGAGUCUCCGCGGGCAGAUCUCAUAUUUUGGAUUCUGGAUAUAUUAUAAUGAGUGACACUUUGACACCAGAUGUCAUUGGUCGAAGAGUUGAAGUUAACGGAGAACAUGCAACAGUACAUUUUGCUGGUGUUGUCCCUCCUGUGGCAGGACCCUGGUUAGGAGUAGAAUGGGACAAUCCCGAGAGAGGAAAGCAUGAUGGGAGCCACGAAGGGACUGUGUAUUUUAAAUGCAGGCAUCCGACAGGAGGAUCCUUUAUUCGUCCGAACAAGGUAAAUUUUGGAACAGACUUUCUUACUGCAAUUAAGAACCGCUAUGUGUUAGAAGAUGGACCAGACGAAGAUAGAAAAGAGCAAAUUGUUACAAUUGGAAAUAAACCUGUGGAGACUAUCGGUUUUGACUCUAUUAUGCGACAGCAAAGUCAGCUGAGCAGGUUGCAAGAAGUUUCUCUGCGGAACUGUGCAGUAAGUUGUGCUGGUGAAAAAGGAGGAGCUGCCGAAGCAUGUCCUAAUAUUAGAAAGGUAGAUUUGUCAAAAAACCUGUUGUCAUCAUGGGAUGAAGUGAUGCACAUUGCUGAUCAGCUCAGACACCUGGAAGUCCUUAAUGUCAGUGAAAAUAAACUAAAAUUUCCCUCCGGUUCAGUAUUAACUGGAACGCUUUCUGCACUGAAGGUUUUAGUCCUCAAUCAAACAGGAAUAAAGUGGGCUGAGGCUCAUGCGCAGUGUGGUGGCAGCAGGCACGGUCUCGACAUGCAGAAAGAUGCCAGCAAGUUCGUGGAUCUGUGCGUGCUGCAGAAAUGCUCCACCAGCAACUGCAUCAUCAGUGCCAAGGACCACACAUCCAUGCGGAUGAACGUGGCCAAGGUGCUGCGGUGUGCUGCGGGUUGCCCACGCCUGGAGGAACUCUACCUUGAGUCUGACAAUAUUUUCAUUUCCAAAAGGCCAACAGAUGUUCUCCAGACAAUCAAGUUAUUAGACCUUUCCUCUAAUCAAUUAAUUGAUGAAAAUCAGCUGUAUCUUAUAGCCCACCUGCCCAGGUUAGAAAAAUUAAUCCUCUCUGACAUUGGAAUUUCUUCUCUACAUUUUCCGGAUGCUGGAAUUGGGUGCAAAACAUCCAUGUUCCCGUCCUUGAAGUACCUUGUAGUAAAUGACAAUCAGAUAUCACAAUGGUCGUUUUUCAAUGAGCUAGACAAGUUACCAAGUCUACGGGCUUUGUCCUGCCUAAGAAACCCCCUGACCAAAGAGAACAAAGAAGCAGAGACGGUGCGUCUGCUCAUUAUUGCCAGCAUUGGCCAGCUGGAGACGCUGAACAGAUGUGAGAUUCUCCCCGAGGAGAGGCGGAGAGCUGAGCUUGACUACCGAAAAGCUUUUGGAAAUGAGUGGAAACAGGCUGGUGGACAUAAGGAUCCGGACAAAAACAGACUCAGCGAAGAAUUCCUCAUAGCCCAUCCCAGAUACCAGCUCCUCUGCCUGAAAUAUGGUGCACCUGAAGAUUGGGAACUCAAAACACAGCAACCACUUAUGCUCAAAAACCAGCUACUAACACUGAAGAUAAAAUACCCUCAUCAACUUGAUCAGAAAGUCCUAGAGAAACAACUGCCAGGCUCCAUGACCAUUCAAAAGGUGAAGGGAUUGCUGUCACGUCUUCUCAAAGUUCCUGUGUCAGACCUUCUGUUGUCCUAUGAAAGUCCCAAAAAGCCGGGCAGAGAAAUCGAGCUGGAAAAUGACCUAAAGUCAUUACAGUUUUAUUCUGUGGAAAAUGGAGAUUGUCUAUUAGUGCGAUGGUGACAACCAACUAAUAAAAUUUAGAGACUACACUGCUUAUCGUGUCUGGGGUUCACCGGAAAUAAAUGAUUCACUGGAACAAUUCUACUAUCAAAACAAAGGGGGUUUACAACUUGCCCUAAGUACAACAAGGGAUGUAUUUUAACAACGGAUGUAUUUUUUGUUGGGAAGUAACCAUUUCUAGGCUUAUACAUAAUAGCAAUAAUAAAGGCUUUGAACCUA